AUGGCGGAAGAGAGAAUGCGAGAGAAAGCUGUUUACAGCGACUUCCUCGAAACCGCCUAUCGAGAGAAGUAUGGUGAUCAGUGGGAUCUCCAUCUUAAAAGCGAGCACCCAACAUUCGAGAUCAAGCGAAAGCCCGUUCCUUCCAGCCAGUCGAGCUCUCGGGGUUCCAGCCCCAGUGCCUCCUCAUCCCGCUAUAGCGGCACUCCCAUGAAUGAGUAUUCUUCGGGGUCGUGGUUCAACACACCGAGUCCCGGCUCCAGUCGAUCCAGCUCCCGAAGCCCUUCGCGAAGCGAAGCCAGCAGCCGCUCAGAUUCUUCAAAAACACUGGUUAACGGGGGCAAGCACUUAUACUUGGUCACUGGGAGAAACCACUCGCAUGCCGCAGUAUGGCCCGUCAGCUACAAUCCUCCGCCAUACAUUGCCCACCGCCCUCUUUCCAUCAUUUCAGAGGACGGCACUGGCGAGACGGCAGCAAGGGCAGCCCGGCAAGCACUUCUUCAAACAGCUCAGAGGCAGGUCACGCCCGUGGCAACCGGCCACAAGAAGAAGCUGAAAAUGGCCUACGAAAGGGUACGGGAGCUACGGUCUGGCUCAACGCGACGUGCUGUUUCCCAUGCGGGUAUUCGUACGGAAAACUCUGCCACGGAGUCUCCAGCCUCGGACAUCGGGGCACGCUCUUCCAUCGCCGACGGUAAUUCGGCCCCCGCAGACGAAGAAAUAAAUAUCGCCUCUUUCGCCGUGAAUCUCCCGGCUGAGACCGACGACUCCGACACUUCGGCCGCCGCUGAUCGCCCGCGCAAGCGCCGCAAAAUCUCCGCCGCCGCGUCUACCUCUGAGCCCGCCGGCCCGGCCGCCCCAGCCCUCAACCGCCCCGGUGCCGUGCGCCCAAACCCCUGCCUUCCUUGCGUCAAUCACCUCGCGAAAGCUCGCCUCCCCGAGGCGGUCGAACCCUGCCGCGACUGUCUCCGCGGCGCCGCUGUCCGCUGCUUCGCAUGCGCGGACCCCACCAGGAAGGCGCGCUGCGACCCCAUCGACGACAACGUGAGGGCGGCCUGGGCCGACUACAACGCCCUCAUAGCAGCAGCUCAGGCCGAACCAGAUCUCAAUAUGGCCAACUCCCACAACCAUAGCGCCGUAAGGGCACUGGGUCGUCUCCGGGCAGAGGCUGCUUCCCAGACCAGAGCCGAGAACCUUAAAGCCAAGGCGAAACGGGACGCCAAGAAGGGAGGACCCGGCGCCUCCAACAAUGAGACAGUGACACAGGGUCUCGUCCCUGCCAUCAUUACUCGCCAAGACGCGCUUGCUCUCCAGCAGCAGCAUGCUGCUCUAGCGGCUAUCUGGGACCAGAUUGCUGCCCGCGAGCCUUCCGCCUAG